ACACCAUUCGCCACCCUCUCGCCAUUUCUCGCUUCAACCGGCAAGAUGUUCACGGCCAAGUUGACCGCCGUGUCUCUUCUGCUCGCUGCAUGCUAUCAAACAUCUGAUGCAGACGGGUCUUUCGUCGACGUGGCCUGCCCGGGAGUCAACUCGGUGCUGCAGUGUCCCGCCGGACACAGAAUCCGCGUCACGGCUGUGGACUACGGUUUGCAGGAGAACGCUGACUGCUCCAAUCGCCAGCAGGCUGCUCAAGUCUCCACGGAGAACGGCGUUCACCCACAAUACUUCAUUUGGAUGAAAUCCAUCUGUGAUGGAGAGCCGCGGUGCCGCCUGCCAAAGCCUGAUCCAACUAUCUUCACAGAAAACUGGUCACCUGACAACUUCAUCCAAAUCGCCUACGAUUGUGAGAAAGAAACCGAAGGCUUGAUGAGAACGUAUGUGUGUGAAGGAGACACUGAAACUAUCAGAUGUGAUCGUGGAGAACUGAGGAUCCAGAAUGCCAAGUACGGCCGGCUGGAUGAGAACAUCUGCACGGAUGAGUCCUCAGUCAUGACUUUCUGCAACAGUCCCACGACUAUGAUUGGACUUAACUUUCUGUGCAACGGAGGUGGAGUUGCUACCGACUCGUGCACCGUGACAGCAGACGACAACACUCUGGGAGUUCCCGCUCCAUGCGAUGACCUUCCCAAGUAUCUCGCUGUGGAUUAUUACUGUACCGAUAUGUAAUAUGGCAAGAUAUCAACGUUGAAAUGUGGUUCGGCUGAAGCAGUGAAUCUACAUUAGAGUUGAAAUGAUAAUAUCAAUGUUAAGAAUCAAUGUCUAUUCAACUGUGAUUAAAUUAGAACUUGCAUUCA